AUGGCAACAGAAUGUAUAAAAAACUGCUGUAAAUUGUGUUUCUGCAUGGAAAAAGAAAAAAAUGAUCUUUCCAUGGUGCAGGAAUCUGAAGCAGGAGCCGCAAGCAAGCCAACUAUUGUAGAGAAGCCUCCAUUGUCUUCUGUGUCAGUGAAGCGUCAAGUUGGCUGUUCAGAGGAUUAUCUGCUUUCUAAACUGCCCCUGGAUGGUCAGGAGGUACCAUUUGUGGUCCCUCCAUUCAAAUUGGCUUAUGUACAGCCAAAGAACCUUCCUAGUAUCUCCCAUGCUGGAGGGAUUCAAGAAUCUGCCAGAGCCUCAUUUGGUGACCGGAAAGCAGAACUGCACAGCAUGUACCGAUGGCCCCGCUAUGACGUGUACAACCCAUUCUAUUUGGAGCAUCGGGUUUCGCCAGAUCUGAUGAGGCGCUUCCAAGCAAAAUCAGAUAACAGGAAAUUAUAUGGAUCAGUUAGUGAUUUAAGACCUAGUGCUUUGCCUGGAUCAUUUGAUGUAAGUCGUUCAAUGUUUGAUCUCAGAAACCCGCCUCAUCGAUUCAUGAAGAGAUAUGAUUCAUUUUCCAGUGUACCUAGCAGUACGUCUUCCAGGAAGGAUUCGCAAGGCAGUAACAGGAGUCUAGAUACUAUUACAUUAUCAGGUGAUGAACAAGACUUUGGAAGACUGAAUGUGAAGUUGUGUUAUGUUUCUUCUGCAGAACAGAUUUGGAUCACAGUUUUACAUUGCAAAGACCUGAGCUGGCCUUCUAGCUGUGGGGAAAAUCCUCGUAUCUAUGUCAAGGGAAUUCUCACACUGCCCAAACCAGUGCAUUUCAAAUCUUCUGCCAAGGAAGGGUGCAAUGACAUUGAAUUUAUGGAAACUUUUGUAUUUGCUAUUAAACUGCAAAGCCUGCAGGCUGUCAGAUUGGUAUUUAAAAUCCAGACACAGACUCCCAGGAAAAAAACAAUUGGAGAGUGCUCCUUGGCGCUGCGGGAGCUCAGCUCAGAGGAGUCAAGUCAUUGGCUGGAUAUAUCUCCUCCUUCCAAAGCACCUGCGUGCCGUGCAGAACUUCAAGUAGGAACUUGUUUUCAAGCAAUAAACAGGAGGAUUCAGUUACAGAUUCUUGAAGCACAAAACCUUCCAGUUUCAUCUACACCGCUGUCUUCAAAUUUCUUUGUGAAAGUUGGAAUGUUUAGUACAGAAGGGCUGAUCUAUAAGAAGAAGACUCGUCUUCUGAAGUCCACUAACGGCCAAGUGAAGUGGGGAGAAAUGAUGAUUUUUCCAGUUACCCAAGCUGAACAAGGAAUUAGCUUUCUCAUCAAGCUCUACAGCAGGAGCUCAGUGAGAAGAAAGCACUUCUUAGGACAGAUCUGGAUAAGUUCUGAUAGCAAUAACAGUGAAGCAGUAGAGCAGUGGAAAGAUACGAUUGCUAACCCUGAAAAAGUUGUUGUUAAAUGGUACAGCAUUGGUCCAUCUUGAAGACUGGAGAUGAAACUCAGGACUGAUUUUUCUACGAAGAUAUUGCUAUGCUGUUUAUAAUAGUAUAUAAAAAAAAAUAUUGUCUACAC